GAUUAACUGAUUUUUACAGCUCUGAAGGUUUCAGGUGCGUUCACUGACAGUGAGCUAGACGGAGACUUUCUUUGGUCUUACCAGUCAGUCCAGUUUGUUCUUAUCUUCCCAGGAAGACAUAGAGAGACAGUCUUCAGUCAAGCUUUUGGAUUUGUUUACCUGAAAGCACAGUUCUAGGUCUUUAUUAAGAGCUUAAUUAUCUGUUCCUGAACAAGGACACAGUUACUUUAGUUUGAUCACUGUUUUUGUGGUGGGACCUUGCACAGACUCAGAAGCUCACGGUCGCACUUGUUGGAAACGAUGAGCAGUUUUCUGUACUUCAUCCUCCCGGCUCUGGGUGGAUACACUCUCACCUCGCUGUACCUGCUGAAGAACCCACUCAUCCUGCACCGGAGGAAACGCACAGCCUUUCACAGCAUACACAUCUCACACAGAGGAGGAUGUGGAGAGAGGAUAGAGAGCACGAUGGCGGCAUUCACGAAUGCGGUGGAGCAGGGCACACAGAUGCUGGAGCUGGACUGUCACUUGACGCACGACGGACACGUGGUGGUGUCACAUGAUGAGAAUCUGCUGAGGGAGACCGGCCACGACAUCACCAUUUCCUCACUCAAGCUACAGGAUUUGCCUCUGUAUAAGGAGCGACUGGAGGUCACAUUUUAUACAGGUCGCUACAGCAGCGGUGUAGACAGGAAGUUCGCUCUGCUGGAGGACGUGUUCAGGAAGUUCCCUAAGAUGCCUGUCAGCAUUGAAAUCAAAGAGAACAACCACCAGCUGAUAGAAAAGGUGUCAGAUUUGGUGAAACACUACAAUAGGGAGGACAUCACUGUCUGGGCCUCAGUGAACUCCAGCAUCAUGAAGGAAUGCCGCACAACGAACGGCUCCAUGCCGUACAGCUUCACUGUGAGACGAGGAGUGCUGCUUCUGCUUCUCUUCUACAGCGGCCUGCUGCCCUUUGUGCCGCUGGGAGAGAGUCUGCUGCAGUUCUACCUGCCACAAAUCAUCAACAGGACGUUCAUCCCUGAGAACCGCAUCCUGAGGAACAGGCUGGUCGUCUAUCUGAUAGAAAAAGUAACAAUGAGGAAGAGUCUUUUUAAACACCUCGCGGCCCGUGGAAUGCAGGUGCACUUGUUUGUGUGCAAUACGGAUGAAGAGAUAAAGGCUGCAUUUGAAGUGGGGGCCACAGGGGUGAUGACUGACUAUCCGACCCUUCUGUCAAGCUACCUCAGCAGACACCGAAGUCAGGAUUGAUCAGACACAUCCACGCAUGGCGACAGUUAAUAAGUCAGACAUGGAAGUGGCGAACGAGGAUUGUGUGCAAAAAAAAAGAGAAGAAUAAUCUGCAAUCAAUUUCUAUGACAUUUCAUAUUAGUAUGUGUUUCUGUGCAUGUGUGAAAGUGUGUUGCGUGUGUCAAGUAUUCAUGUGUGCAUAAGUGUGACCAGAGGAAUGUGCAGGGGUGAGGAAGAGGAUGAGGACAGAGGACAACAAAUGAAUAAAUAAAUAUUUAAAAAGGAAGAAGAAGCAAGGAUAUGAAGACAGAAAACAAGAAUAUUGGUGACAUGUGUUGUCUGACUUGUUUUCAUGGAUCCACUUGAGAAUGUAUUGGGGUUGGUUUGCCAAGAAAUAAUGGGGGAAGUGCGGGGCAUCAAAGUCUCCUUGUUUUUUUUGCUUUUUGUUGAUUUGAUUCUUUUUCCAUUAAUAUUUGGUGAUGACUGAGUUUAAUGAUUUAAACCAGGUGAGGCUGAACUGGAAUCACUGAGAACAGAUCAGUGAAUUUAGGGGGCAUUGUCAUUUCAACAGCUAUUCUGCUGAUAACUGAUACUGGUACUGAUACUGAUACUUUUUUAUUUGAGCAGCUCAAAUUGACAGCCUGAGGGAAACGUGAAUCCCUGUGUAUAACCUCAAUCCCCAAAAAGUUGCUUUGUAAAAUGUAAAUAAAAACAGAAUGCAGUCAUCUGCAAAAAAAACUGUUAACCAAAAACAGAUUUACAAAAUCUUCCUGAGCCCAUGUAGUAACAUCCUUUAUCCAGUCAUGUGUUCACA